AUGGCAGCUACCGUGGGACCCCUCCCGCAGGUGAAGCUGCCCUCGGGCCCGUCCCCCGUGACGGCCGAGCAGCGCUACUGGAAGUCCUUCAAGAACCAGCUCCAGAUCCCCUCGCCGACCUCGUACCCAAUCACCCACAUCUCGUCGACCUCCUCCGAUGGCCUCUUCGCCGUCACCACCGGCACCCGUGUCCAGCUCUACUCCUCCCGCACUCGCAAGCUCGAAAAGACAAUCACCCGCUUCGCCGACGUGUUUGACACCCACUCCCGCUCCAUCCUCAAGACGUGGACGAAACACCGCCAGCCCGUCUGGGCCACGCGUUUCUCGGGCUCCCAGCCCACCACCUUGCUCUCCGCCUCCGACGACAAGACGGUCCGCCUCUGGGACCUCACCGCCAAUGACCCGCUCAACACGUUCGUGGGACACUCCGACUACGUCCGCUGCGCAGAGUUCUUCCCGGCCACCUCCCCGUCGGGCGCUGGCAACGUCAUCGUCUCAGGCUCCUACGACUCUACCGUCAAGAUCUGGGACCCGAGAAUAGGCUCCAACGCCGCCGUCAUGACUUUCAAGCACGCCGCCCCCGUCGAGUCCGUCCUCCCCCUCUCCUCCGGCACCACCCUCCUCGCCGCCUCGGGCCCCCAGGUCUCCGUCCUCGACCUCGUCGCCGCCCGCCCCAUCCACCAGAUCGCCAACCACCAAAAGACCGUCACCUCCCUCAGCCUCGCCUCCAACGGCACCCGCCUCGUCACCGGCGGCCUCGACGGCCACGUAAAGGUCUUUGAGACCACGGGCUGGAACGUCGUCUCCUCGACAAAGUACCCCUCCCCCAUCCUCUCCCUCCGCGUCCUCCCGGCCUCCGACGCGCUCGACAGCGCGGACCGCCACCUCGUCGUGGGCAUGCAAUCCGGCGCCGCCAAGAGCAAGAAGCGCAAAGCCUCGGCCAUGCGCCGCCUCGAGAGCAUGGGCGAGGGCCAGGCCGAGGUCAUUGUCGCGCAGGACGCGCGCACCAGCGCGCCCAAGGAGAAGGCGUGGGAGAAGGCGCUCCGCCACGGACGGUACGCGAGCGCGCUGGACCAGGCGCUCGAUCCGCGCGGGAAGGAUCACUCGCCGCUCGGCGUGCUGACGCUGUUGCUUGCGCUGCGGCACCGGUCUGCUGUGCGGGAUGCGCUUGAGGGGCGCGAUGAGAGGACGGUGCAGCCGGUGCUCAAGUGGACGUGCGAUCACAUUAUCGACCCGCGGUACGUGAGCAUUUGCGUCGAGGUCGGCAUGGUGCUCGUGGAGCUAUAUGCGCAGUAUGCUGGUGACAGUGCCGAGCUGUUUGAGGGGUUCAAGGCUCUCAAGAGGAAGGUUACGAAUGAGGUUGAGCGCGCGCAGACGGCGUCUUCUGUGGGCGGUAUGGUGGAGAGUUUGAUUCUGGGAUCUGCUUGA